CGCCUCUAAAAACAGCACACUCGCCUUUCGAUUCACACAGAAGCUAGAAAAGCGUGCAGUUGUUUCUGGUGGUCUUUUCAGCACUCCGGUUAUGCUUUCUUCCAGCUGCCCAGCAGGUGGGCACAGUCGCCUGUACAACUCCUUGCGUUCAUAUCUGGACAAUCAGAGCCGAGCACAGCCCAUCAUUGGUCUAAACUCCAUCACUGAGGUGCUGACACACAGACAUCCUGCAGUUUACUUCUGUGAUGUUUGCUUUCUGAGAAUAACCAAGGCUGACGUUAGAAACCACAUCAUGGGCAGCAUUCACAAAUACAAUUACACUAAAUCGCUUCAUGAGCAUGGAUGGAGAUCUGACACAGACCUGACUCUUCUGGCUCGCCAUUUAAUGGAAAUUGCAAAAAUGGUUGAAAAGAAAGAGGGAACAGGAGAUAUUCAGGUUCUGUGUGUGGAUGAAGUUGUCUACAAGGAGAUCACCUCAGCUCCUCUCCCUGACGCUUUUGCUCAGAUGAAAGAGAUAAAGAAGCAACCAAAGCCUAAUGCACGGGAUUUACACACAGUUCAACAGAGCCAAUCAGAAGGCAAUGGAACCAAAGUUGAAUGGCAGCAGAUGUCUGGGAACGUGGAUGGGAAUGGACAUCGUUCCACUUUGUAUCCAACCCAUUAUGUGUCCACUAUACCAUCAAAAUGUCCAGCUGAUGUUGAACCUCAGACAGUCUCAACCAGGCCAGCACCAAAUGCGUUGAUCCCUAGUGUCAAACCAUUACUCAUAUGCCAGAAAAAAUCUACACAUAACAGUCUUGUGGAUCCACAUGUUUCAUCAAGAAUUCCUGUUCUGGGAAGUUUCAUCAGCCAACACGUAAGUCAGGAUCAACCACACAGAAACCAGAGUUUUCAAACAUACAUGUCAUCCGAAAACCAGUGUUUAACUCAAGUGUGGAGAGUUUCAUCAGUAAGACCACCAACACAUUGGAGCCCAGUCGGACCUCCUUGCCGGAACUACAUAGUGUGUUCUGAUGAAGACAACAGGAACACAGUCAUGCAGUCAUUUGGAGUUGGUUAUGAAACCCAUGCGCUGCGUUUAGCUCAAACCACUCCAUACCAAACACCAUCUUAUACUGUGAGCCACAAUGUACCAGAGAUAGCCCAGGAUUUAACCUAUGAAUAUUUGAGAAAGGAAAGCUCAUGUAAUGGUCUGGAGCCACGCAGUGAUGUGAAGUCCACCAGUUUAAUGAAGCCCCACAGUAUUGGUGUGUUGGAAUCUGCUGUAAUGCAUCCAAAUCAGUCACAUGAUCAGGCGUAUUCACAGGAGCCAAUCAACAACAACAGUUGGGAAGCACAUGUGGAACAAGAAAACAAAUAUCUGAUGUCACAAAACCCAAUUGCCCAGUUCUCUCAGACUCCCCAACGCACCUCAGAUGUGGCUAAUGUCAACCACAGUGGUCAAAAGCCUCUUAUAGGUCUGCAAGCUGUUAUUAAGUGCCAGUGCGUGCUGGGGAAUGCACAUCCGUGUUUUUACCUGUGCCAGGUGUGUUCUGUAAAGAUAAGGAAGAGAAAAAAAAUAAUCAAGCACCUGAUUAACCCUGACCACCAGAGAAACUACUUGAAAGCUCACCAUCCGGAGCUCUUGCUUAAAAAGUCCAAACCAGGCCUUACAAUAAAGCAGCUUGAAGAGAUCGCUCUCCAGCUGGAGAAAAAGGACGGAAGGCCACAUAUAAAGGUGAUGAACUUGCCUGUUCAUAUCUUUAAUGAUAUAUUGCAGAAGGAUUAUCAGAGCUGUUUGUGUGUGGUGAACAGUGGAGUUGGUGUGGAGUGGACAACAAAUCUGUUCUCUUUCAAUGAAGGAAAUGACAGAAUAACAGGUCCCAUUCCAACUCUCAAUCGUCCAGCAGAAUGUAUCCCUCCUCCUUCAAAGAAACGUCCCAUUGAAGAUCAAGAUGAAGCUCCAACUUGUGAGAUGCACAAAAAAAUAAAGACCGAAAAUCCUGACAUGCCUAACACCAGUGCUAAUGAAGUAAAGAAGACUGUGUUUAAGGUAAGCCUGUCUCUGCAGGCUGGACCCCCCAUUGUCAUCGAGAGAGCACCUCUAAAAGACAAGACCACCAUAGCGCCAGAGAUCGAAGAGCAAAACACACGUUCUCAGCUUUGCAUUUACGGCUGUCCACACUCAGUCGACAACACCACACAGCAGGAACUCCUUCACACGGACAACCACACACUGACGGCUACAGACUCUGAGCAGCUCGUGAUUCCAGCUCAGUUUGACCACACGGAGCUGUUCAGUAGUCAAACUGAGCGGUCUCAGAUGCUGGAGGACUGUGGUCCAGUGGUCACUGUGCAGCGUGCUGAUUGGCCGGAGCAGAAUUAUUGGGACUUCAGAAACAGCCAAUGGCAGAGCAGAGAUGCAGGUGCUCACGCUGAGUGUGCAGGGUACAUGCAGUACUGGUGGUGAUUCUGAGCCUUCGAGAGAACAAAUAAUACAAGGACAUUUGGCAGAGGAUGCAGCAAACCAUUUUGCUAAAUAAUUGAGUCCAAAUAGUACAACUUCAGAUUUUAAUCAGAUCAAUUUACGUGAAGUUUUCAUUAGUGUACUUAAUUUGGCCUUCUCCAUCAAAGUGAUGGUGAUUAUGUAUUAUUAGUUUGCAUGUAUAUACAGUAGUACAUGUAUACAUGCAUAUGUGAUGGUGUCAUAAAUGUAUGCAUAUAUAUAUGUAUAUACAUGCAUACAUAUGACACCAACCCAAGCAUGUAUACGGUAUGUAUAUGUGUACUACAUAAACGUGUGUACAUGUAAUGCAUAAACGAUAUAUAUGCGCACAUACAUAUAAAUGUAUACAAACACACAUUUGAGUGUGUGUGUGUGUAUAUAUUUAGAUAGCAUUGCUGUUUUGUAGUAAACAGAAACAUAUAAAGAGUUCAGAUGCAAAAAAACUCUAAAUGAGCAUUUUUUCCUCAGUCUCCUAUGUUUAUAUGCUGUCAUUGGACUUUAAAGGCAAUGAAAAUAACAUAUUCAUCACCAUAAAAGUAAAACGUAUAAAACUACACAGAAAAAAAAAUAGAAAAAUGCUAAUUUUAGAAGAUUUAUGAUGGCAUUUAGAGGCUUUCGCAUCUGCUCUCUUCUUAAAUCCUCUGUGUUCCCAGUUUGUUUGUGUAAAUAGUAAAUAUACCUGUUAAUUUGCAUUCAGUAGCAUUAACUGUCAUUGCAAUAUUUUUUCCAGAUAUAAGCAUACAUUUACAAUUUGGAGAAAAAAGUUGCUCAUUUAGUUGCAGGAUUAAGCAAACAAAAUCUUAAUCUUAAUAAUCCCUUCUCUGAGAACAACAACAUUUAUUAAAACAAAAUCAAAAAGGUUUUCCUAAACCAGAAUCAUUUUAAAAAGUGAUGGAUUGGUAAUCAGCACCAGCUACUGUAGAUAAAGAAACAUAAUAAAGUAAGAAAAAUACCCCUCAAACAUUAAUUAAUAGCUUUUUCACAUAAUUGUUUUUGCCUUUCAAUUUUUGUUCCCCAGAACGGCUUCAUUUUUUUAAGUGCGCUAUUUUUUAAGUAUUAUUUAGCAGAAUCGUUUAGUUGCUAUUACAUUUACAUUUAGUUAAGGUAUAUGCAUAUUUGGGUUCAAAAAUUAUAUUUUGUUUGGAGAACUAUAUAUAAAACAAGUUAACAUUUAUUUAUAUAGAGUGAGCGUGUUGCUGUUUACUAGUUAACAAAUGCAAGUUUGUUACCAAUGACCAUUAACAGAUGGUCAGAUAUACCAGUUCCUUUUCAUAUUUUGAAGCAUUAAUUCCUUUAUCUCUGGUACAGAACUCUGCAAAUGAGAUGUCAACUCUAUUUUUAGAAGAUUUGAAGAAAAUUUAGUUUAUAUGCAUUCAUAAGCUAAGCUAAAGUUAUGUUGUUAUUAGUUUAAAUGUUAAAUACUUUUCAUUCACCUGGUUUGAAGUUAGCAGCAGCACUUGGAAGUGCAUUUUCUUUCUUUCAAAGUUAUAGUUAUCGAAUGUGUUUCAAACAGACAGACAGGCAACACAGAUUAGCUUUUGUUGUUUUGUUAAUUUCACUGGUUUUAUUACUGAACAUGUUCAUAUUGUUGUUAUACCAAGAGUAGAUGUUUUGAGAAUCAGCCAAUUUCUUAAGUUUUAUUUUUUUGUCGUGGCUGACAGAACUGACUUUAAAGUGUUAAAUGUGAAAUCAUUUGUAUUAUAACUGAUUAUUUUAACAUCAAAUACAUACUUCUUUAAUAAAAUGUGUAUUUUCACAAACA